AGUGGACCGCAGCGCGAGCGAGCGCCUGUCCCAGUCAAGUUCAGGCCGACCUGAGGGCGAGUUGGCUGACACGGCCACGCACGGCUCUCCUCCGUCCUGUAUUUGGACUCGCCGUGGCUCCCGCUCGGCUCGGUUGUCUUCCCCGCGAUUCGCCUCUGCGCUGACGACGACGAAAUUUCCGCGCCCAAACUGUCCGGAAACAAAAGAAAAGUAACCGGAGUCUGAGCCGUCGCCGACAUUCUAACCUCAAAAUACCAGACGAGUGCUUCGUUCUUUAUCUGCAACUUCCCUGUCGACGACUCGUUUGAAACAAGCAGCGAUUCGCUUCAUCCCGUGCAGUGGACUUUGUGAUUUUCGCCUUGUGAAAAGAAAUAAAUAAGUGUUUGGUUUGGGAAACAAGACCUACGAAUAUUACAAUGAAGUUGCAAAGUAUGUCGACAAGCGACUUGAGGAGUUGGGAGCCACUCGUGUCUAUGAGUUGGGUAUGGGUGAUGAUGAUGCCAAUAUUGAAGAUGAUUUCAUCACCUGGAAAGAAGGAUUCUGGCCUGCUGUGUGUGAAUACUUUGGUAUUGAGACCUUGGGUGAGGAUGUCAGUGUCCGUCAGUACAAGUUGACUGAGCACUCUGAUAUUGAUCCUGGUCGUGUUUACUCUGGAGAGGUUGCCCGCCUGCACAGUUUUGUUAACCAGAGACCGCCAUUUGAUGCAAAGAAUCCCUUCUUGGCAAACAUAACGGUAAACCGUGAGCUUCACAAAACUGGAGAUCGUCACUGCAUGCAUAUUGAAUUUGACAUUGAAGGCUCUAAGAUGCGUUAUGAUGCUGGUGACCAUCUUGCUCUUUAUCCUGUGAAUAAUGCUGAAUUAGUAAACAAGUUGGGAAAACUUCUUGAUGCUGAUUUGGAUACUAUUAUCACUCUGACUAAUACUGAUGAGGAAUCAAGCAAGAAACACCCAUUCCCGUGCCCAACUAGCUACCGCACAGCUCUUACUUACUAUUUAGACAUCUCAUCCAACCCUCGCACUCACGUUUUGAAAGAACUUGCUGAGUACACCAAGAACAACAAAGAACAAGAGAUGCUCCGCUUGAUGGCCAGCACAUCACCUGAGGGAAAAGCCCUUUACCAGAAGUGGAUCAACCAAGAUAACAGAAAUAUCAUCCACAUUCUGGAGGACUUGCCAUCAUGCAAACCUGAAAUUGAUCACAUUUGUGAAUUGUUGCCGCGUUUACAGUGCCGUUACUAUUCUAUUUCAUCAUCUCCAAAGCUUUAUUCCACCAAGGUUCAUGUCACUGCUGUAGUUGUUGAGUAUGAAACGCCCACCAAGCGUAUCAAUAAGGGUGUUGCAACAACUUGGCUUAGGGAGAAGAAACCUGAAGAUCCAGAGAAGAAGCUUUUGGUACCAGUUUUUAUCCGUAAAUCUCAGUUUAGGCUGCCUACCCGAACUCAAACACCUAUUAUUAUGAUUGGUCCUGGAACUGGUCUUGCUCCAUUCCGAGGAUUUAUCCAGGAACGUUCUUUGGCUAUGGAUGAAGGUAAACCUGUUGGAGAAACUAUUCUUUACUUCGGUUGCCGCAAGAGGUCUGAAGAUUUCCUUUAUGAAGAGGAACUUACUGGCUAUGAAAAGAAGGGUGCUCUUAAGCUCCAUCUUGCCUUUUCACGAGACCAAGCUAAGAAAGUGUAUGUGACUCACAAGCUCAAUGAGAAUGCUGAUGAAAUCUGGCGUGUUCUUGGAGAGAACAAUGGACACAUUUAUGUGUGUGGUGAUGCCCGAAGCAUGGCUAAGGAUGUGCACAACAUCAUUCUUAAGGUUGUACAGGAGAAGGGUAAAAUGAGUGAGCAGGAAGCUAUUGCUUACGUGAAGAAAAUGGAAGCACAAAAACGUUACUCAACUGACGUCUGGAGUUGAGCUGGAUUAUCUAGAUUUCUGUGCUGGUCACAGAAGAAUUCUUGCCAGAACUGCCGAUUUGGUCAAUGACGAGGAUCAAUUUGCCAAUCUCUACUGUAUUUCAGAAAUAUUUUUCAAAAAUUGUUCAAAAUGUUUUUAAGUUUAGUAUUGUCAUUUCACAUUACAUUCUUGACCUGGAUUAUUGAAGCUUUGAAAAUCUCUCAUGAGGUUCUUCUAAUCCAUCCUAAUGUAAAGGAUCACUUCCAUAUUUGCUCAUGUAAAAAGUAUCCAUUGAGAACAUUCCACAUUGAAUAAUUGUGCUAGUGGUUAGAAAAUGUGAUUUUCUUCAUGUUUGCCUUUUCUUCCUUGUUAACUUAUGCAUUGUAUGUGUGUCUUGUGAGUCUUUGAGUGUGUGCCUGAAUAAUUGUGUGUUAAAGGGAACAGAAAGCCCUAUAGAGGCUGUAUUACUGAUGCUACAACUAUUUUUGUAUUGAAUAUCAGGCAGUUUUUCUGCCCUGAUAUAUUGUGAUAUGUUAAAAAAUUUCUCACAAUUAGCAACAUUAGAUCCCUCCACACCAGCCUUGUAAUUAUUCAUCUCUUGCCGGGGUAUGGAUUUCCUAGCAAUCUAACACUCUAUUAGAGUACUAUUCAAAUUGAAGUAUUUUUGUGGCUUGUUUUGUGAGAUUUGAACAAAAAUUUUAAAACAUCUGUAAUCGAGUCUGUUUUGCUAAAAAAAAGUUUUAUUGAUCAUAUUUUAUUAAAACAUGUUAAAGUUUUAGAAUAAACUCUUUUAUGUAUUGUUUUUACUGCUUUCAUACAUGAAUUGUUAAAUGUUCAGACUUUGUUGCUUUGUUCUUAAAAUAGAUUUUAUGGGUAAAGCUCUUGAUAGGCUAAUUUUAGUAGGAAAUGUACUACUUGUCAAGGUACAAAUGACGCAAAUAGGUAAUUGUAUAUAGAAAUGGCAAAUAUUAAUUGGGAUAUUUCUCAUCUAGGGUAGAAGAGUAAUCUCAAAUAUUUUUGUAAGCAAAACUUUUGACGAAAUUUUUAAAAGAUUCAGCAGCCUAUAUGUUUGGUAUUUAUGAAUGAAAUAGAAAAUGGAAUUAUUAA